CAUUACAGUCACCAUAUUCAGCUGAUACACUAUAUUGCCAAACGUAUUGGGCCACCCCUCCAAAAUUAUUGGAUUCAGGUGUUCCAAUCACAUCCAUGGCCAGAGGUGUCCAAAAACAAGCACCUAAGCAUGCAAACUGCUUCUACAAACAUUUGUGAAAGAAUGGGUUGCUCUCAGGAGCUCAGCGAGUUCAAGCGUGGUACUAGGAUAGGUUGCCACCUGUGCAAUGAGUCCCUCUGUGACAAUUCCUUGCUACUAAAUAUUCCACAGUCAACUGUUAGUGGUAUUAUAACAAAGUGGAAGCAACUGGGAACAGCAACUCAGCCACCAAGUAGUAGGCCACGUAAAAUGACAGAGCAGGGUCAGAGCAUGCUGAAGCAAACAGUGCGCAGAAGUCGCCAACUGUCUGCAGAAUUCAAUAGCUAAAGACCUCCAAACUUUGUGUGGCCUUCAGAUUAGCACAACAACAGUGCGUAGAGAGCUUCAUGGAAUGGGUUUUCAUGGCCGAGCAGGUACAUCCAAGCCUUACAUCACCAAGCGCAAUGCAAAGCAUCGGAUGCACUGGUGUAAACCACACUGCCACUGGACUCUAG